CAAAAUUGGCUGGGUUAGGCUCCAGCAUACCUGUGACCCAAGUAAGGAAAAUAUUCCAGAAGAUGGAUAGAUAGUGUUUAAAAUUAGCAGUGUUUAAUCUGUCGGAGCGUCGUUAAUAGAUUGGCCCCCUCGGCUACACCGGGACCCUCUGCCCCUUCAUAUGAGGGUGCGUUUGUUGACCUUUCCGCAUUUGUGUUGUUGAGCUGUCAGCAGAGCUUACAGGUCGGUAAGCCUGACAGACAUGCGCAUGUGCCCUCCUGCUGAGUUUGUUCCAACAUAACAAUGUCUCUAUUAGUGCACAGGUAAUCACUAAAGAACACAAAUUAGAAUUUGAGAGCUAUUACCAUGGAAAUGGAAAUCGGAUCAAUUAUUCAGGCUUUAUUUUAACCUUGAGUCAAAACGAAAUAAACCUACUCACGUUUUGAUGAUGUGAAAAUCAGGUAAAUAUUGUUAUUCCUCAUAACCACUAUAAAAGCAGGUUUGCACAUGACAGCUUGUUAAAGUUGAAUAUGUGCUUUCUGCCAUUUUAGAGUGUUUAAUUGAUCCUCCUGUCUCUGUACCUUGCUGGUGCUAUGGUGCACACAUCAUGAUGACAGUCCAGCCUCCAAUGUCCAUCCUCGGACCUCAUAUUCUCACUUUACAUCUCAGUAGUCUGUUUACUAACAUCCAGUAGAGUGGAUUAGCGGCGCUAGCGUGUCCAUACGUUAAAUUGACUUAUGUGGAGAUGGGCGUGUCCAGUGCACACAUCUGAGGUGAAAACACAAAUCGAGGGCAUCCAUCUUUGUGCGUUAGUGCUAGCAUCUGUCCUCAUAUAAUUUUAAACUGUUGAGAUGUUUAUUUCAAGUUUCUGUUUUUAGUAUACAUGUUAAUGUGGACUAGUAUUCAUUCAGGGGAUGAUGUUACCAUUCAUACAAAGCCUAAUAGCUUUAGCCUCUGAACUUGUACUUCCUUCCUACCAGUUUAACACCCUUUUUCCGAAUUGAAUGUCUAGAUUAAAGGACAAAAAAGGUCUUUAAACAAAAAAUCCCAACAAAUGAAGCCCAGUGAUGAAAUUACCCCAGCAGAUUGUUGUAAAGGGCACCCACCCACUCACUCAGAGUUUAAUCCAAGCCUACAUCUUCAAUUGGGGCAAAAAAAAAUCGGAGCGACAGCUUUGGCUUUAAUUCUUUAUCCGCCCCUUUUAAAAAGUCACAUGAUACUGGAAAGUCAAAUCAACCUCAGAGCUCUUGAAAAAAACUUGCAAGUGGACCUUAAUAGUUGACACGGAAAGUGUGUAGCCUACUAUAUUCAGUUUUGAGUGGUCACAAUUUGUAUAGCCUACUGACAGAUGUUUCUAAAAUAUCAGAUAACACAAGUGGCUUUUUCUUUCCAGAGGGAUGAAACGAAAAAGGCCGCAUGUCCCUCGUCACAGCAAUGAGUGAGUCGUCGUCCGUUCACUCUGCAAAGCUCGUCUCAUUGGCCCGCUCGUUGACCGGACUUGGCCUCGACGCCACCAACGGGGGCCCCCCCACAGUCGGCCUGCCUGACAACGACAAGCCUGCUCCUUUGGAGUCCGGCAUCGACCUCGGUCCAGGGCUCUUUUUCGCUGACGGCAAGAGGAAGGUGGAUUAUGUGCUGUGCUACAAAUCCAAAAAAAGGCGGGCAUUCAAAGGACGCCUCUCCAUCUCGUCCAACGGCAGCAUUCCCAUCCCCAUUCCGGGUUUAUGGGAAAUGGACCCCGACUCCGGAGAGGCAGGAGGACCUGCUCCGGGAGACGUAGAGGACUCCAAGCUGACCGAGGAGGAGAAGGCUCUUAUGAGGGAUGAGUUUGAAACCGGGCUCCUUGAUGCCGGACUGCAGAUAGAACGCGAUAAAGAGAGGCCAAACGGCAUCAGCUUUAUCCGGCUGCACAUCCCGUGGACAAUACUCAGUCGAGAGGCCGAGCUUCAGAAGAUUAAAGUUGCUGUCAAAAAGAAUUGUGAGCUGCGGAAAAGGGCGGGCAUUGCAGGAAUGUGGGACUCUUUGGCAGCAAUAAUGAACACGCCGUUCCAGCCGGACGUCCCCGAUUUCGACGUCCGGCAAGACCCGCAGACGCGAGCCCGUUUUAAGACGCUCAAACAUCCUUUCAUCAGAGAUAAGCUCCACUUGUAUGACAUCACAUCAACGGAAAAUGUCUUUGAUAAUGCAACACGCAGCAGAAUAGUUGCAGAGAUUAUUUCCCGCACAACCUGCAGACACUCCUGCCAAACCACCGGCAUCAUGUCCUUAGUGGCUCGGGGCGUCUACAUCUCUGCCUUCCCUUUGCAUGACGGCCCGUUUUCCAGGAGAGGAGGUAAAGAUCAACGAAAUGACAGACAGGUUCUCCAUGAAGAAUGGGCAAACUAUGGAGUCAUGCACAAAUACCAGCCUGUGGACCUGAUCAGGAAGUACUUUGGGGAGCAGAUUGGAUUGUACUUUGCCUGGCUGGGUGUUUACACGCAGCUCCUCAUCCCUCCGUCCGUGCUGGGCAUCAUUGUUUUCCUCUACGGCAUCUUCACCGUGGACACCAAUGUGCCAAGUCAGGAGACGUGCGACGACAACCUGAACAUCACCAUGUGUCCGCUGUGCGACGGAGUAUGCGACUACUGGCGGCUGAGUUCGGUGUGCUCGCUGGCCAAAGCGUCCUACUUGUUUGACAACGGAACCACCGUUCUCUUUGCCAUCUUCAUGUCUCUAUGGGCCGCUUGCUUCCUGGAGCACUGGAAACGGCGUCAGAUGUGUCUAAAACACACCUGGGAUCUGACCAGCUUGGAGGAUGAGGAGGAAGAGCUGAGGCCCGAAUAUGAAGAAGCGUUACAGGAGAAGAAAGCCAAAAUGAAAGCCAAGUGGACAAAGAAGCUGACUCAAAGUGGGGACGGAGUGGACGGAGAGAGGGACCAGAUGCUUUCCCACCAGCUAGAGCCAGAGUCCCUGGAUAUCGAGGAUCACUUGGCAGGUUACCUCAUCAACGUGUCCACACUGCUGCUGCUGGUUUUUGUUACUUUCUCUGCCGUGUUCGGGGUGGCCGUGUAUCGCAUCUGCAUGUUAAGCGUGUGGUCCAUGAACCCCGACCCCGAGGCUAAAGCCAGCGUGAGGAUGACGGUCACCACCACGGGCAUCAUUCUCAACAUGUUAGUGGUGCUGGUGUUGGAGGAAGUCUACGGAGCCAUUGCUGUGUGGCUGACUGAGCUGGAGCUCCCAAAAACGCAGGAAGAGUUCGAGGAGAGGUUGAUCUUCAAGUCUUUCUUUCUCAAAUCCAUGAACGCCUUUGCACCUAUUUUCUAUGUGGCCUUCUUCAAGGGCAGGUUUUCCGGUCGGCCUGGAGACUAUGUUUACGUCUUUAGCGACUACCGCAUGGAGGAGUGUGCACCUCCAGGCUGCCUCAUCGAGCUUUGCAUCCAACUCAGCAUGAUCAUGCUGGGAAAACAACUUAUUCAAAAUAACGUGUUUGAGGUUCUCAUUCCUAAGUUAAGGAAGAUGUACAGAACCAUACAGGAGCAAAAAGGCAAGCACAGGAGCGCCGAGGACGAGACGGAUGAAGACGAAGAGAAGAGAUCCAAACAGCAGUUCCAUAAAGAUUUCGCCCUGGAGCCCUUUGAGGGCGUGAGUCCGGAAUACAUGGAAAUGAUCAUCCAGUACGGCUUUGUGUCUCUGUUUGUGGCUUCCUUCCCGCUGGCGCCCGCCUUCGCUCUGCUCAACAACGUCAUCGAGAUCCGCCUGGACGCCGCCAAGUUUGUGACCGAGAUCCGGCGGCCGGAUGCUGUUAGGUGUAAAGAUAUAGGAAUAUGGUACAACAUUCUCUGUGGGAUCAGCAAAUUUUCCGUCAUUACCAAUGCGUUCGUCAUCUCCUUCACAUCGGAGUUUGUGCCUCGCAUGGUGUACCAGUACAUUUACAGCGGCAAUGGCACCAUGAACGGCUACACCGAGCACUCCCUCUCCUACUUCAACGUCACCAACUUCCCGCCGGGCACCGCGCCCAACACAACAGUAUCUGUGUGCAGGUAUAAGGACUACAGGGAUCCACCAUGGGCACCGGAUGCUUACACCUUCUCGAAACAGUAUUGGUCUGUUCUGGCUGCAAAACUGCUCUUUGUCAUAUUCUUCCAGAACCUCGCCAUGUUCCUUAGUAUGCUGGUGGCCUGGUUGAUCCCCGACGUGCCGCGGUCACUGCGGGAGCAGUUGAAGAAGGAGAACAUGAUGCUGAUGGAGUUCCUGCUCAAUCAAGACCAGGAGGCCCACGCUACGUCGCUCUCCACCAAAGGCUCCGUCUUCCCCAUCCCUGCCAACAUUGACAUUGUGGUGGAGCCACCGUCAGAGGACUACCAGGUCCGGAAGGAGGUGGAAGAAGUCCAGGAGGAGGAGAUGGUGAAGGUGGAGGUUGACGUAGCUGAAGAGGAGCCCAGUCGGACUCGUGAUAGUGACUCAGAUGCCGGCGAUACUUUUGAGGAUGUCGUUGGAACGGGAGAUGAAGAGCGUGAGGAACAAGGCGAGGAGAAAGCAGAAAGGUCAGAGGAUGAAGAGGAGGAAGUAAAAGUAAAUGAUGGAGGUGAGGAAGAUGAACAGAAGGGCGUACCUCAAGGGGAGAUAAAUGAAAAAGCAGAAUAUGAGGAAGACAGUUCCAUUGUGGAUUUGGACGCCCUCAUGAUUCAGUUGGGCCUCGCAGAUGGAGACGCCUCAUCACUCAAAGAUACAGAAAUCCCACAGUCAAGCUUCAAAGAAGAACUUCCAUCUAAAAGAGCUUCCUGCCAGUCACUGAGCAGCCCCAUGGCGGAAUUAGCACCCUCCCACACGGACGCGAGGCUCUUUGCGCCCAUCGCUCCUCCGCCCCGAGAACGGGGCACCGGGGCCAAGGCCCGCUGCUCCACCCUGCCUUCACGCCGCCAAGGGGCGGAGACGUGUUACAGCCUGCCGAGACCCAGCAGCCUCUCUCGAUUCCAUCAGCAGCCGUCUCUCGUGCCGCUGGUCCCCCUCCGACCUUCGCCGUCAGCCGAGCCCAAGAGCGAAUCCCCGCGGCAACCCCCCAGCUCCGGCGAACUCUUCUCUCUCAAAGGCCCCCCUCCACCUCAGCAGCCUCGCUCAAGAGACAAAGCCCGGUGCUCCACCCUGCCCUCCAGACAAAGACCCCCCGAAUCGGAAGAGCGCCCUACCAAACCGAGCCAAUCCAUCAGCUUCACAAAGCUGGGAGACCGAGUGCCCCCUUCCCCCAGUGAACUUAAACGCAACACGGCAGUAUGAGAGAAAAAAGAUGGGGUGGGGAUGAGGGGGACAAUCCAGAUUAUUAUCUCGUCUGUGCCUGGAGCCUCACCUGCCCCCUUAUUUCCUAAAUAAGACCCUCCUUAUCUUUUUCAAUUGUUUAUACAACAGAAAGACAAUUCAGAGAUAGCGAUGCUCCGAAAGGCCACUCGCCGCUCAACACUGGAACUCUUUUUACUCUUCUCGUUGUUGUUUUUUAUCCCACAGAUGCAGCUCAAAUAGCUUCCCCCCUCCUUCUCCACGACGCUCAGCUUUCCCCAUACGUCUAUAGAAGAGCAUGGGAGCUAUACAAUCGGGAGUUACGCUCGUAGAUGAAAUGUUGAUUUAUAGAGGUUUUGAUAUACAAAAGAAGGCAAAAAUGAUAAUAAAAGAACAACAUAUUUUUA